AUGAAGGUCGUACCUGUCCCAGUCAGAGAAGACAACUAUGCAUACCUGUUGAUAGAUGAGACGACGAACAAAGCGGCGGCUGUCGAUCCGUAUACAGUUUCGAAGGUCAAGGCUGCCGCUGACCAGCUCGGCGUAGAGAUCGUCGCGGCAAUAACGACGCAUCAUCAUUAUGACCACAGUGGGGGUAAUGAGGACUUUGCCAAAGAAUAUCCUGGAAAGCCGAUCUAUGGUGGUAGCCAACAGGUCAAAGCACUCACAAACCAAGUGAAGGACAACGACGAGUUCAAGAUCGGGGAUAACAUCCAUGUCAAAUGCCUCCACACUCCAUGUCAUACCCAGGACUCAAUAUGCUACCAUGUCACCGACACCGCCGAUGCAUCCCAACCUGGUGGAGUCUUCACCGGUGACACACUCUUCAUCGCCGGCUGCGGUCGUUUCUUCGAGGGCACAGGCGAAGAGAUGCACAACGCUCUCUCGUACCUCGCUCGCCUUCCCGACAAGACCAUCGUCUACAACGGCCACGAAUACACCAACAGCAGUCUCAAGUUCGCACUUUCCGUCGAUCCUGAGAACGCGGGCCUCAAGCGUUUGCAGGAGAUUGUGAAGGAGAAUCAGGUGACGACGGGGUUGACGACGAUUGGGGACGAGAAGGAGUGGAAUCCUUUCAUGAGGUUGGCUAGUGACCCCGUUAGAGAGGCGACGAAGGCGGCUCAUGAUGCGACGGCGGCGACGGUUAUGGAUGCCCUGCGCACUUUGAAGAAUAACUUCAGGGGGUGA